AUGGCUGUUAGCUCCUCCGUCUCCAUCAGAGCCACCAGCUGGUCGGUGAUGACUCGCAUGGCGUCCCGGUUCCGGUUCUCCACCUUGGCCAUGUCGCGUACGAGGUCCUGGAUCCGCUGCCUGUUACGCCUCUCAAACGCAAACGCGUCCAAAAUCUUGAGAUGGGACCGGUCGAUGCCCGGUGGUGCGUUCAGCAUCCCCACGAGCACCGCCCACUCGUCCAUAAUCAGCUCCCCUACGGAUGUCGCGGGCAGCGAAAGCGCCCUUGCCGCGCCCAGGCACGUCGUCGAUAAAGUACGACCUCUGCUCACCUCCUACCGUGACGUCACCGGCUCCCUUGUGGCCGGUCCACUGCGGAUUGUGCUCUUCGAGGAGCGUGGUUGCCUCGGCUGCGGUUUCGGGCGACGUGAUGAUGGAGAUGGAUAG